GAAGUGUUCCUGAAGGCAUCACAGACACAUUCCGCCCCCUGCCCUAGCGGCCCGAGCGGUGCGUUCACGGGAGUGUUUUUUUAAAAGUUGACAACAGAGAGACGAAGAAGAAGACAAAAAAGACGAAGAAGAAGAGGAAGAGGAGGAGCGCUGAGUUACAGCCGCUUCGAAGCUACAGCAGAGCUCCGCAGCACCGGAGCACCGGGAGGAAUGGGCUGCAGCCACAGCAAGAGGAAAAGCAAGAAGGGAGAGAAGAGCCAGAAGGACAAGAGAGGCCGAGAUGAAGGAGGGUCGCCCUCUGCAGGUAAACAUCCGUCAGAUGAGCCGGACUUCUGUCUGCAGAAGCAGCUGGAGCGCUAUGAGUGGCAGCUCAGAAUCUUAAGAGCGGCCAAUGGGAACCCGGAGAGGGCGGAGCUUCUGAAGGACCACGGCGACGAGGAGGUGUGCGCCCUCGUGCUGAGCCUCCUCGACAAGGUGAAAACGGAGACGACUGCCGAUUUGAGCGUCCUCCAUGAACAGAAAAGUAAAUCUUCUACUGAAGAACAUCGGAGAAACGUGGAAGAGCUGCAAAAGAAAUACGAACAAGAAAAAACUGAAGUUACAGAAAAGUUCCGGGCGACUGAGAACGUCCUCAAGGAUGAAGUGCAGCAGCUGACCGCUGAGCUGCAGGUUUACAAGGAGCUGAAGAGGAGAGUGGAAGGCUCUACGUUUAAGAAGGACCUGCAGAGGAACAUCCAGGCUCAUGGCAGCCCAGGUGCAUUCUGGGAGUCGGAGCAGGAGUCACUGCUGUUUGUGAUCGAGAUGAAGAGUGAGUGUGUGCAGGAGCAGAGGAGGAAGCUGCAGCAGAUGGACGCUCUGGCGGAGAAUAAUCUGUCUUUGGAGGCUCAGAUCAUCCACAUCCUGCAGCAGAAUGAGGAUCUGAGGGUCCGGAUAGACAACGGCCAGACUCUGAUCCAGCAGCUAUCGAAAGAGCAGCAGGAGAUGAAGGUGGCGCUGGAGAGGCAGGCGUUGGUCAACCAGAAGCUUUCUCAGGAAAAAGAGCAGCUGAUGUUCAAACUGAGACACAGAGACUCGUGUCCCACCAUCCACCUGCCGGCCAUGAUGCAGGAGAUCGCCCCCAGGUGAAAGAAACACGGUAACACGAAGGCCGUCCCGGUUUUUAUGGUAAAACCCUCACCGGGCCCGAGCUGCCGGUCCCACCAACCACCCGGCCAAAACAGGGCGCAUGGCCUGCAGCUCUGGGGUCAGCUUCCAGGGCUCUAAACUAGAACCGAGAGUCCCGAAUAUUUCUCAUAUUUUCAAUGCAACUCCACUGGUAAAUGUUGUUACGUUAGCUCGUUAGCUUUGAAAAGAAGUAGCAUCUCAACAACUCUUAAGCUGCACCUUCUGCGUGCACCUCGAGAACAUCCCGGGCCGCGGCCAAAAAGCAGUGUUUGUUUUCGAUUUCUUUCAAACGACAAAUAUCCGUAUAUCAAAAGCUUUUUUUGUUUUGCCCAUUUCAAAACACAGAAGGCAGUGGCUACUUGAAGGGGUAGCUAGCGAGCUAACGGCUAGCCAGCCACAGUGGCCUCUGAUCCAGUGAACAAGCUCGACUGCAGACCAUUUUUAGCCUCUCUUCCUUGCAGUGUUGUAUGAAAUAAUAAUUUUAGGGCUUCCUUGUGUGUGUCAUCGGACUUUCGCAACUCAAGAGUUUGUUGUAACGUUUAUGAACGAAUCCAUCAAUCAUGCAGAUUAUUUAUCAGUUGCUUGUAUGAACCUUCCAGUUCUACCGAAGUGCCUGAGACGCCAUUAAUAAGCGGUGAUGUCGACAUAAAAGCUGGAUCUUCAUGUUUGUUAGGAAUAAAUCCAACAGGAUCUACCUCAAAACGCAGAGAGUUGAAAACUAAAUGACAAGUUUAGUGUCCCCUGUGACUCUUGGCUAACUUGCCUUCGUUAUGUGAAAAUCCACCACUGGCCCGUCAAAAAUUCCUUUCUAAAUGGCACAUAAACGGUUAAGAGACAAAAGAGUGCUAGAGGAUUAGCGGAGCUUCAAGAAGCAGUUGUAUUCAUUCUUCCCUCUUGGUCUUGGACGUCCACUCCAACUACUCGGUUAUUCCAAGCGUCCCAUUAAUGUUCCAUUCUUAAAUGUCCCAAAAUAUAUUACAAGUUCCCACAACGUCUGUUACUGAAAAGUGUGAAUGUCCGCUCGGGGUUUGUUUCGAGGACGAUUACAUGUGUAAACAAGUGUCCUUCUCGCAAUUAAACUCUAAAGUAAAAGAAGCCCUCAAGGAUCCUCUGGAUUUCAACCGGAAAACAUUCAUAGUAAAUAUAUGUGAGCAGCCUGCUCCAAAGUUCAAGUCUUCAAACAAUCUGUAAUCAACAACUAGAACGAACGCUUCCAAAUCAACUCUGAUCGAUUGCGAUAUUUGUCUUUUUGUAUAAACCUGUUGCCAAAUGUUUUCUUUUUUUAAGUUUACUAACUUUGCUUUUGACGUAUAUACUUAUUUUGUGUGCCUUGCUUUAGGGUUUUCCUUGUGUCAAAACCUAAUCACGACUUGAUGUUAUUGGUUUUGAAUGUAGAGUUAACUCUUCAGUCUGCUGUCGAGGGAAGACACCACUUCGCUUUCACAGUCAAAUGUUUAUGUACAGUAUUAAGGAGCGCAGAAAUCUACCUUCAGCCCUUUUGCUUUUGCGGGGUUGACCAACAGGUUUAUUGAACCUCAGAAUCAAUAAACAAUGGAACGUGUUGGUUUAAAUCAGUAAAAAAAAGAGUAGUAGCGCAACAUAUUUGAGUGUUUUAGCACGCCAGCAUCUUGGCUCAGGGGAUGCUAGUCAUUCGUUUCUUACAAAAACCUGAUUUCUUCAUGAUCGCUACAGAGGUUUUAUCACCCAAAUCGUCAGUAUUGCUCUAGAUCAAAUUUCAGAGUCCAUGUGAUAUUUCAUUUACUUUGAGAUUGAUGCUAGGGCGGCAUGCUAACGUUAGAGUUCUAACUCCCCAAAAUAUCUUCAUACAUAGCCACCAAAACAUUGAAUGUUUCACACUAUUAUACCAUGUGAAUACUCCUUAGUUAGUGAAAUGCUCGGUAACAUGCUACCAUUAGCAUUCGGCCUAGAUAAAAGUUGAGUUCAGCUUUUUAGCUCCAAUUGUUCCAGCACAUAUUCGACUGUUUUAUUUAGAUAUAAAAUGACAACUGGCUAACUUAAUCUUUGUGAUUAUAGCAGGUCUCAGAUGAUACUCCAAUUAACGAUACUCUUUAAGAGUUGUGACAAGUUCUUGCAAAUUGUGGGUUGCCCGCUCAACUAACCCUGGUUUAGAGAAAUGCUAACGUAACAACUUAACUUAUCAACUUAUCAGCUAGUGUUAGCAUGUUGAAAAUCAGCUCCAGUUACAGCUUGUGUGCACGUUCCAGUGGUUCAAGUUCAGCCCAGUUUUUGACUUCACUUGAGGUAAAAAAAAUUAAUUUUACAGUGUUUUGCCCAUUAAAGAGUUUUCAGGAUUGUGGACAUCAAAUCCUCGUGGGGCCUUCUAACAUGGAAUAUUUGUUGCCUGGUCCCAUCAGAAAAUGACUCUGUAAAAUCCACAGCUUUGAUGACGUAUCUUAUUCUGUGAUAGGUAAUUGAAAGGCCACUGGUUGUGAGCUAGCCAGCCGCUAACAAACUAUUGCGCUAGCAAGGCAAAAUGGCUCACAAAGUUAGCUAGUAUGCUGACUGUUAGAUAAGUAUUAGCUAACACUAUCGAGCUAGCUAGAUCAUGAACCAUACAGCCGCUGUAAAUGGACAAGUCCAAGCAGCGUAGCUGUACGAGGGUACUCUGAUGUUACGGCUUCCGCCAUUUUUACUCCUUAGCCAGUCUGUCUCUUUUGUCGUUACCGUCAGAGGUUUCUAUAGUGUUCAAAAACAUAUUUUAAGAUAUCAAGAACAACUCGAUCACAAUAAUCACUGUAAACACCUCGCCUUUGAAAAGCUUGAUAAGUGUUGGAUUUAAUAUGCGUUACUUUUUGAAGAUGUGAAAAUAUUGCCAUAUUGUCAGUUGAGAAUUGUGAAAAGUGACAAUGCCAAAAAAAAGUCUGCGUUUUGACAACUCCUUCUCCUUAUGCACUAGCACUUUGACGAAGUAUUUUACCAGGGGUUUGUAUAGGAGAGAAUUGUUUUUCUCCAUGUUGUAUAGUUUUACUUUUUUUGUUUGUUUGCUUCUCUCACGUAGAAACGUAUUUCAUCUUUGCUUCAUUGGAUUUAAAACCAGCAGUUUGUCUUUACUUGUGUGUUUUUGGCUUGACUUAAUAAAAAGCUGCAACUAAAACUG